UGACUUCUUUAAACAAAGAAACGUCUGCGUUUUUACGUCUCUCAUCCGCAGUCCGCACACGACAUCAGGCGCAGAAAAAAAAAAAAAAAAAACUAAAUUUAUUGUAUUCAUUAAAUAGUAAAUUAUGCUUUUAACGAACGAAUACAUACCAAAUCCAAAUGCUGUUGGAUUAAUGUAGUGUAUGAUGAGAUGGAAAACUGCUACAAACAAAUGAAUCGCUCUCUUUGUUGUUAUGGAUGUUUUAUGGAAAAAGAAACGGUGAUGUUGCUUGUUCUAUUUUUGUCGCCCGUCAUCUGCGUCAGAAUAUCAGAUGGAAAGGUUAUUGGCCAGGAUACAACAGUCAUAUACGGAGAAAAUGCCACUUUGUUGUGUCAUCUGACUGAAACCGAUGAUGAUCUAACCCGUAUUAUAUGGAAGAAAAAGACACGAGAAAACCCUGAGGAAACCCCCUUCUUUGUCAUUCGCCCAGGGGGCAAAACUGAACACAAGGAUGGAUUGAUGAACAGAGUACAAUUUAUUGGGAACUUUGCAGAGAAAAAUGGAUCAAUUCAGCUGCUCAGAAUGAGGCUUUUGGAUGAAGGGAUCUACACAUGUACCUUCAGCCUAUUCCCUAGUGGGCCAUUAGAGACUGACAUCAAUGUCAUCGUUUUUGCUCGUCCUGAGGUUAAUAUAAGAGGGGAGGCACCUGUUGCUGGAUAUUUGGAGGUGAAGUUGGCAUCGUGCUUUGCCUCUAAUGCACGGCCUGAAGCAGAAGUGAUGUGGAGAUUAGGAGAUCUGGAAAACUCUCUGAGGACUGAAACCAAUCAUACAAUAAACCCAGAUGGGACCGUUACUGUUGUGUCCUACCUACGUGGUGUCCCAUUAAAACAUUUAAAUAAGAAGAACAUCCAGUGUGUGGUGAAACACAACACCCAAAAAGAUGAACUUGUGCUGGACUACACAAUAAACAUCCAUUAUCCUCCUGAGUCAGUGGUUAUAAUUCCUGACAGUCCAAAAAAUGCUAAAGAAUUCAGGUGUAUAGUGGAUAGUAACCCAGAACCAACCAGCUACAUGUGGACAAGAGAGAGUACUUACUAUUAUGAAGGCAACAAGCUUCCUGUGCCUAAACUGUCCCCUGACAUUAAUGGCUUGUACAUUUGUAAUGCGUCAAACCAAUAUGGAAGUUCAUUAGGUUCCCUGUUUAUCAGUGUUCAUACUGAAUCCAGCACCGUCUGUUGGGGUCUGUUUGGUUUUGUCAUCUGCUGUGCUGUUCUUGUUGUUGUUGUUGUGAUAUUCAGAUACAAGCGGGAAUGGAUUGGAGUACCACAGAAUUCCACUGAUCAGGAAACACAGGACAGUAGAGAACAACAAAGACAGGAGGAUGUUCAGAAUGAAAGUGAAAUGGAGAGCCUUUCUGAUCAGAGACAUUGACUGCUGUUUUUGGACCAGCGCAUCAUCUUGAACCAUUGUAGUCUUCUCUCCCAGGAUCAAGAAACAGUUCUCCAUAAAAUGUGCUGCAAACAUCUGAAUAUUUGGGUUUACCGGUUCUGGAACAGUGUUGUAAAUACUACUUGACCACUGAUCUCUAGUUUUGUCCUCUUUUGGAAGGCCAAACAAAGUAUUUUCACUUUCACAGUGAAACAGCGUCUCCACAACAUGGCGCUGGUGGCAACAGCAAGAAUCAAAAGUUAUAUGCCUUCUUUCUCUGCAUGAACAUUUGGGCGGCGUUAUGCAAAUCUUCCCACAUAGUGAUAUAGAGUAUGUGGGGGCAUGUUAGAACGAGCCAUUUUAGGAGGGCAUGGUUGACUCUCUUGUAAAGAAUAUUUUGUUUCAUUUGAUACUUUAGCCUUUGCAACUUUACAGAUCUUCUUUAUGCACCAAAACCUUGUAACACUCCAAAGAGAGGAAAUUUUUAAUCACAUCAUGUGACCCCUUUAAUAAGGCAAUUUUUUCAAUACAUAAAAGCCUUUUUAGACAAGUUCCAUAAUCAUUGUAUAAAAUUACAAAUUAUUAUAAAACUUGGGACAAACCCCAACAACCCCAACCCAAAGAAAUUGACCACACCAUCACAAUCCCAACACAAUUUUUCACAAUCCUACCACUGGAGGAGAAUAAUACUUGUUGGAACAAACUGAACGUUUUUAAGGACUGGUAAGAUGGGAUUCGAGUGAGAGAGUGAAACUGAAAGUAGAACAGAUGUGCUGGAAAGUACCUUUGAAGAGGGAUUGAUAUUAUAUGUCAAGCCUGCAAAAUUCCCAUUAUGUAUAGCUUCCCUUCUCCUGAUGCAAGCGGCAGAAAAGGAUAUCCUAUCCACAGAGUUCUGUUAAACCUCAAUGGGUGGGUUUUUGGAAUCUGUUAACAGUUACCACAGACAGAUGGCUGUGGGUUAACUGUUGUUUCCUUUUCUUCCUUUUUUAUUGUCCUCCGAAUUUAGUUUGCUUCUCGCUUUUUUUAGUCUUUGAGUGGCAAGGUUCUUUUUAUUGGCAAGGUUCACCCCCUUUAUCUGGAAGAUACCAAGCAGAACUUCUUUUGGGUCUCCCCAUCCAACUUCAAACGCAUAACUAAGCCCCUUUCACACUGCACGUUGGACCCGUCAAAUUGCCAGAACAUUGCCGGGUCGCCUUCUGUGUGAAAGCAAACACGUCCCGGGAUUGAUUCCGAGGCUGAUCCUGGGUCAAGGACCUAGUAACAUUGCCGGGUUCAAUUCCGGGACGAGCGCUGUGUGAACAAAAGCCAGAUCUAAUGCCGUGUCGUAGUGAUGCAUGUUAUCACGCGACUCUCUUACCAGGUGUUUUGAAGGAAGAUCAACAUUCGUGAUGAAAAAAUAUGUGCAAACUGUAAUGAAGCAGAGUUAGUUCAGUUAGUUUUUCACUUUAUGCGCUGAAACUGAGAUCGUUCACCAGCUUCAGUGAAAGUAUAAUGGCCUAAUGUUUCCGACUCAUACAUUACACAUCAUGCUGUGAUGUCACCUGUCUUUACGGGACCUUUAUGUGUUGUGUGUGAAAUCACGCACAUAUCCCGGGUAAUCACUGGCAGUGUGAAAGUGCAAAAUCUAGUGAUCCGGGAACAAUUGCCGGGACACAUUAAGGGGCUUUAGAUAGCCCUCGAUGACAGACUCCAAAUCCCAUACGGUAAAAAAAUACAUUUAUUUUGGCCAAAAUAUAUUUUAAAUAUAUGCUAAAUAUAUGUUGUAACUAUGAAGUUCAAUAAAAUAUAUUUUUGAAAUCGAAAAUAUAUUUAAUUUCAGCUUUCAUUUACCAAAAUAUAUUUAAAAAUGUAUUUCAGGGUCAAGAAAAUACAUUUUCAACCUUACAGUAGAAUGUGGAUGGAGAGCAAAAGUAUCCAUUAUUUAAAAUGGGAUUUUUAAAUAAUGGAUUUUUUUUUUUUUUUUUGCUUUCUAAAAUAGUUUACAGUAAAGUAACAGAAUAGGCCUGAUUAGUAUGUACAACAUAAACAAAUAAUUGGCUACAAAUAAAACAAGAGCCAAAUGUUUAGAAAAGAAUUAGAUAAGUCAAGUUUAUUUAUUUGCUUGUCACAUUGCAGAAUACCUCACUACUAAUGUAGUACGGUUGACUUUGACUAACUGGCAGAAUAUACGAGGACAUUUGAUGAUAAGGCAUUAAGUAGGUGCACUGUAUGAGUUGUUUUGUUUUGAAAAGGAACCAGAACUAGCACGAUGCACAAAAUACAAAACUUCUAUGUACACUUUAAUUUGUUGACAUUAAUUCAUUAAGUGAUAGAAUAUAACACACAUUAAUGGUAACACACACAGUAUUAAAAUCACAGUAUAAUUUUUUGUUUAAAAUAAACAGCAAAAACAAUGCACAAUAUAUAAUACUGCUAAUGUAAAUUUGAUUUCUUGCCAUUAAAUAUAAAAUAAUCAAUUACAUGUUUUUUUCAAUGAUAAUGAAGACAUGUUAGUGUUAUAAACAUAAGCAUAACAAAAUAAACCGAAAAAGUUACAAUUAUUUACACAAAUUGCUUCAAAAUCACUUUGCAAAAAUAUACCACAUUGUAUAAAAUUUUGCAUUGCUUUAGUAAUGUAGUAAUGUACCAAAAUCUUUGUACACUGACACUAAAGAUCAAAUUGAAUAAAACAACUUAGGCCACUCUUA